AUGAAGAACAAUAAUAAUAACAAUCAGAGUAAAAAGCGGAAAGAUGGUGCAAAUACUACUAACAAUAACAAAUAUAAUAACAACAAUAAAAGCAAGAAGAAAGUCAAACACACGAUGAAGUUCGCGCCUUCCCGAGGCUUGAAGCCGUCGCAGUCAAACUCAAAACUUUACGCGACUACGCAAGAGCUUUUGGAGUGCGAAAUCUCCGAGGUGCAAAGAAUAUUAUCCGACGCGUUCUCACCAGACCGCCCGGAUGCGUUGCGAGCAGAUCCGAGAGCGUUCACCAUGUUCUCGACCCGAUUGAGAAAGCAAAAGCAAUGGGAGAAAUGCGUUGAAGUGUUCAAUUUGCAAAAACUAUUAGGGGUUGAGCGCAACACCAUCUCAUUCAACGCCGUCAUGUCCGCAGCAAUUAAAGGUGGGAAUCCUAAAUUCGCGCUCGGGUUAUUUGCAGAGAUGAAGAAGAUUGGUUUAGAUAUAACGACAAUCACCAUAAACGUCGCCAUGCAAGCAUACUUGAAAUUAAAUGAACCGAACAAAGCUUUGGAGCUCUUCGACGCGCUCGUAGAGAAGAAUGACACGGUGAGUUUGAAUACCGCUAUGGCAGCGGCUGAAAUGGCUGGCGACACCGAUAGAUUAGCACAAUUAAGAAAUACAAAUAGCAAUGUAGAAGCACCAGUGGAGAACGGGAAAAUAAACGGGGACGACGACGAGGAGAAUGAUUCGUCCUCCUCAUCAACAUCGUCUUCAUCAACUUCGAGCGAAGAAGAAAAUGAAGGUGAUGAAGAUGAUGAUGAUGAUGACGAAGAGGAAGAAGAAGAAGAAAGAAGACUAAGAAUGAAGAAAAUGAAGAAGAAGAAACAACAACGAAAAGAAGAAGAAGAAGAAGAGGAAAGGCGAAAGAAGAGUUUAGAUGUAGAAACGAACGAUGAAGACGAUCCGGAUUUAGCGUUGCGAAAGAGACGAGACGCGAGAAGAAAAAAGUUCGAGGAAAAAAGGAGGUUGAGAAAGUUGGAGAAAGGGAAGGAAAGGCAGUGGACGUCGGCGGCAGCGCACACGAAGCAAACAAAAAGCGAAUUGCAGUUGAAAAGAAGUAAAAUGAAAGGAAAUCCAAAGGACUGGCUCAACGAAGAUGAAGAAAGCUCUUCGAGCGACGAUGAAGACGAAGAAGAAGAGGACAGCGAUACGGAAACGCGGAUGAGAAAAUGGAGAGAGAAGAUGCAACGAAAAGGUCUCAAAUCCUCGAUUGAAGACGAGAAGAUCGAUAAGUACAUCAACGUCCAUUCCUCCUCGCACGGGAUGGAUUCAGAAGACUUUUGGAAAGCUGGAUUCUAG